CCUACUCUUUUUUGUAAAAUAUCAUAAAAUAUUAACUCGAAACCCUCACAAUUCCCAGUUUUAAAGUGUUUUAAACAAGGCCUACAUGAAGCACGAUCGUGGGCGAUCUACAUUCGUCAGUAUUUCACAAUGGAAACCAUCAAAGCCAAUGCAGCAUUUCUGUGCAACUUUGAAGUAAUGCAAAUUUUGCAGCAACUAAAGGACAAUACACAGAAAAAACACAAACGUGAAGGUUCUCUUGCUACUGUUACAUAUGAAACAGUUCAUUUCUUACAAAACUCAGAUUGUAAGAACCAGAGUGCCCAAGCCAUUCAAAAGUUUCUGGAGGCGAUGAAGGCUUUCAAGCUGACCAAAACUGAGAAACUUAUGAUGGUGAAUACUCCUCCCCGCACUGAACUGGAGAUCCAGCUGAUUGUACAAGAGAGCGAGGAGAGAUUAUCUGAAGAAGCCGUAAGGAAAAUAAUCAGCUUGUCCAAUGAGUUCCUGCCGCCGAGUGAGAACAUAUGACAAACGGACGAGGCUGAUGAGCCGGAAGAAAUAAAUACAUAAAUUGUAUUAAUUAGCAUAAAGUCGGAUGCUUUUAUACCACUGAUUAUAAACUAAACCAGAUAUACAUUUUAACCGUAAGGCCUUUGCCAUUAGCGGCAAUGCCGCCAAGCACAUUAAAUAACAAUAUAUUUUUUCUUUUCAAGUUGGUUAUCAAGCAUUAGAUUCGACUAUUUGAUAUUGACCAUUUGACCCUAUAACGUCAGAGUGAUAACAUUUGCUUACGUAAAUAUGUAAUCAACGCACUAUUAAAAUUAAAAUAUUAGUGUAAGGUAUUUUUAAAUUGUAAAAUAAAAUCAUGUUUUGUGAUGUAAAAA